UGCUUUAACCACUGGAUCAUCGCGGCAGUGUGUAUAUAUAUAUAUAGGUAUAUACACACAUAUAUAUAAGUAUGUAUACAUACUGCAUUCUAAAAUUCACCAGGCAAGUACUCUCGCAUCCUCCGUCCUUAACAUACAACAUUUUAAACAAAUAAAGGGAGUUCAGUCUCACAAACUUCUCGACCUCACACUUAGAAUUCGGGUCCUCUGCGGUGGGUCAUGUAAUUAAUUCUUGCCUGGUCACGUGUCCUAAGUUGGACAUGUGGCGGAAUAAUAAGGGCACUUUACACGGUCUGCGGUCUGAACUCUACUUGCCCGUAACGACAACAACACGGGGAAGAAAAUGUCCAAGAGUGUAAAUAAGAUACAUAUGAUGCCAUUAAUGUAAUUUAAGGACUGGUUUCUUUCGUUUAAAUGCGUGUAGGUAGGAGGUAAUCCUCCCUUCACCCCGCCCAGUUCUCUAUCUAUCUGUAUCUGGUUCUGUCUGAACUUAUCAAAGAAUAAGAGAGAGAGAGAGAAAUUAAUCACUCAUAUUUAUACCCACAGAACGAUUACGGAGAAAGCAAAUGGUUGGUCAAUAUAAGUGAAGGGUCAAAUAAAGUCAGUCACAUGCUGACCUUGCCUCCUCACAUUACCUGUGCGGCCUGCGUACUUCAAUGGCGCUUUGUGACCCAGGGCGCAAGGAGCCGCGAGGAAUACCGCGCAUGCGCAGAUGUGGCGAUCAUGCCCGACCUCAACAAUGCCACAUCUUCAACUCAGAAACCCGAAGUCUCUAUAACAUCUUCUGAACCGAGCGGCGAUGCCUUCACCACAGAAUGUGCUAAAAUAUCUUCUCCUUCUCCGUCUCCUUAUUCCAUCUUUAUUUCCCUUGUUUCUUCUUCCCCGCCUACCGCCAUUAGCAGCAGUAUAUCUACAACAUCGAGGCGCGGGAAUUCUUCCGGAGAAAAUAUGGAUGGUAACAGCCCAAUAUCUGUAGCUGGCAACAUUGUUUUCACCCUGAUGAGUGUGGGAAUUGCAGUUUUGUGGGCUGCUAUUACGUAAGGUGAUUACCCUUUCUUCGCUCGGUUAUUUCGGGAAAGAUCGAUCGGCUCAGAGGGAAGAGAAUGGAGGUUCAGAGAAAAUUCUUUUGGGCAACUUCCAAACGGAUUUUAAAGAUUGCAUUUUGUACGGACCAGAUUACAGUGGUGCCGAUUUUCCAGUUCAGGCUGCAGCUGGUAUAUCACACUAAAUUAUCACAUUAUUUCCAAUUACUUAUGCAUCUCCACGCUUGUCCAUUCACGACUGCAAUCCUUUUCUUGCGACCAAAGCCAUGUAUUACAACAAAGCUUCAUUUCAUUCAAGGAUUGUUUUGAUAGAACUCUUGGCCGUAAAGUUUAAAUACAAUUAAUUUCCUAAACCAUUCAGUUGUACACGGAUCUGAGUACACAUAUGCUUUUCAGACUUAAACAUGCAUAUUAGUUGAAAAAAUUUUUUUUAAUACAUGAUGUAAGGAAAUAAAUAGUUGUUUGCUUUGUUGCAAAAGAAUCCUUGAGAGUUUCAGUGAGGAGUUAAAAUGGAAAUAAUUCCUGUUGAAUUUUUACCCAGGACAUUGGAAGGGAAGUUACCCUUCUAAAUUAAAUGUUUGUAAAUAAAUUAUGUCUGGAAAUGUUCACUAGAUGUAUGUUGUCAAAAGAUCGUCACGUAUAUAAAACUGUCUCCAAAUAAUUAGGUACAAAUAAAAUCAACG